GCUACUAUUAUCGCAAUAAUAGAUGUGCUCUUCAUCCUGUUUCGUGUCCCAGAAUCGCUGCCUCCGAAGCGUUCUGCGAACGACGUGAUUAGCUGGGAAAGCGCUGAUCCGUUUGGCACAUUACGUCUCGUUUGGGAGGACAGUCUGGUGCUUCAAUUGGCUCUUAUCGUUUUUCUCUCAUAUUUACCAGAAUCGGGUCAAUUUUCAUGUUUCUUCGUCUAUUUGAAAUUGGUUGUUGGGUUCUCGCCAGAAGCCGUGGCAGCGUUCAUUGGUCUGGUUGGAAUCCUAUCAGUGGUAGCACAAACAGGAGUAUUACAAGUGCUGACUACGUAUUUUGGAAUGAAGCAUGUAAUCACAUUAGGUCUCAUUUUUCAACUAGUGCAACUCACUUGGUACGGGCUUGGAACACAAUACUGGAUGAUGUGGGCGGCGGGUAUACUGGCAGCCAUGAGUAGUAUAACGUACCCUUCAAUAAGCGCGUUUGUUAGCAUAUUAUCGGAUAAGGAUAAACAAGGCACUGUGCAAGGUGUGGUGACAGGCAUCAGAGGACUCUGUCAAGGGUUCGGUCCAGCGUUGUUCGGCUUCAUCUUCUAUUUGUUUGAUGUCGACUUGAAUGUUGAUGGAGAAGCAACAGGUGGUCACGCCGUACAAUUUCCUCUUGUACGGAUACGUCCGGCGCAACCGCAGGAGAAAAUUUUGACACCAACGAGAAACGAUACUCUUUGG